GACAUUAAGAUAAUUCGAAUAAAGUUCUUAAUUUUAUCAUUUUUUUCUUUGUUGAUCUGUAAAAGUGUCGAUUUUUUGAAAAAGCAAUUUAGACACAAAUCGUAAUUCAAAAUGAAAUUAUUUGUUUUAACGCUGCUAGUUGCUGGCUCAAUUGCCACGCACGGAGACGCUCGUGAAUUCGGUAGAGAACAAAGACAUAGGCUUAGACGAUCAACUGACAGUGGAGAAUCAUCGACAUUGUCACUGAGUACACCAUCACCGGCAACAACUACUGCAUCAUCCACCCAAGAUCCUUUAGCUGGAUGCGAAUCAUGUCUCAACUCUAAAUUGACUGUAGGAAACACAUUUGCAGGCCAUUGCUUUCCAAAUCCAGCACAAGGCGAAUGCCAUUGUCUAUGUGCUGACGUAUUUUGCAAAGAUGGAGAAACCAUAGAUAGAACCACUUGCGUUAAUGGUGGAUCGAUAAGCGACUGUAAAUGCACUGGUACAUCUGUUUUUGUUACAACAUCUACAGCGACACCAACGGAUGUUUAAUAGA